AUGCGGGGAGACCAGUCCGAGCAAAAGGAUGCCGCUAGGCUGAAAAAGCUUUUAAAGAACUUGGAUCCUGAACACAAGCAUCUGGAAGAUAUUCAAGCAAAAAGAGUUGGAUAUGCUAUUAAAAUUCUGAAUGACAAUGUGAAGUUGGUCAGUGUAAUAGCAGCUUUGUGCGAUGAAUUUAAGGAUAAACGUUCUAUUGAGACUUCGCAGACACUAGAGAAUGAAAUAUCAAAACAUACCAGUGUUUCAAAGAUUGCUGCGGGGAACCUUUUUGAAAUUUCUGCUUAUCUUCGUGGGAACAUGAGAAUGGAAGAACAGUUCAAAAUUUCAUUGAGAAAUGCUUUUGCAGCUUUGAAAAAAGAGCCAAAGAUAGAGCCAGAAGGCGUUGCAUCAGCAAGUGCCCAGGCUUUGAUCACAACCCUUGACGACCUUUGGGGAAUAGCAAGAGAUCGGCUACUCACGUGUCCAAAAGAGGAAAACAGGAAGCUGGACUAUCUCAGAACAGUUCUUGGCAGAUCAAGGAGAUCAUAUGACUUGAUAAUUAAUCUAGAGAAGCAGUUGCAAGAAAGCAUCGAAGAAAAGAAUGCCAGUAUUUCAUCCCUUGAUCUGUCAAUAAAAGCUUUAGUGUUAGACCUUGAGACAGCAAAUCAAGAUGCACGGAAUGAACACGACCGGAUUUCUUCCGACACUGCAAAACAGAUCUCAUCUGAGGGCAAAGUUCACGACAAAAAUGCGUUUUGUCUAUUAGAGCAGCUUCACUCCCUUCAAAACAAUUUACGAAAAAACAAAAAUGAGCAUUUCAAGGAGGAAACCUAUCUUCGCAAGAAAAGCUAUAAACUUCGAACAGAGUUGCACAACUGGAUAUCAAAAUACGACCAGGAUCUUGAAUGGCGCCAGGACGAAAUAGAAGAAUUACUCGAGCUUCAGGCUUUGAAUCAAUCAGAUUUGAAAAUUUUGGAAGAGCAGUUCUCGAAACUGGAGAUAGAAUAUGAAAAGAUUGUCGAGGAGCGACGAAUAAAAGAAGAAAAAACACAAAAAAGAUUGGAAGAUCUGGCGAUAAAAGUUGGAGCCUCGUUGAAAAUUCAAGCAUUUUGGAGAGGGUAUUUGGUGAGAAGGGUGCUCAGGGGAAGAUAUACUCAUGGAGGAAAAAGAGGAAAGGAUAAAAAGAAGAAAUCAAAAAAAUAAAAAUGGCAUAUUUCUCAGAUAGGGGAAAGCAAAGCUGCCUCAUGUUUUACAAAACACCAGGUUAUUUGUAAAGAUAUGAUACACAAUAGAGACAUAUAUAGAUAAAUUUAAUAUCAAUUUGAUUAUCAAACAAUCUUGUAUCUUGGUGUUUACAAAAACUGCAAAUCAAAAGUAAGUAAAUUAGAAAUUAGUUAAACUUCCGUCUUAGACCUUUAUCAUUAUUGAGAUCAGAAAUGGUUUCAUAAAGUACAAGACAAGGUGUAGCAUUUCUGAAUAAACAGAAAACAUGAUUUUUAUGGAGAAUUUUGCAGCCCAUAGAUUUGGGUAGAAAAUGUUUUUCAUACAGUAAAUUUUGAAGCCUCUGAUUCAAUUCAAGAUGAUAAUUCAAAAAGUCUUAGUAUUCACGUGAUUACAUGCUUGAAUUGCUGAAGUUAACAUCAUCAUCUUCUAUUGUA